AUGAAAGAAAAAAAUUCAUCUUAUAGAAGUGAAUCUAUAUUCUCCGCAAAUAGGAACCCAUUUGAGAUGCUUGAAACAAUUGAUGAUGCAAAGGAAGCAAAAAGAAGUGCUAAUUUUUUUAACAACAAUAAAAAUAUUCUUUUAAAUUUAUUUAGCAGUUCAAAUAAUGAGAACAAUGUUGAUAGUUUAUUAUUUAAAAAAAAAAACAUAAAGAAUAUUAAUGCUGCAAAAACAAAACAGAAAGAAUGUAAGAAUAAGGAGACGGAUGAACAAAUACAAGAAGUAGAUAAUAGGAAAAAAAAUGAUAAUACAAAUUGUGAGAAAAAAAAAUGGAUAAGAAAUUUCUGCUGGUUCUGUUCAUUGAAUUUGUUAGACGAAAUUUUAGAAAAGGAAAUUUAUAAAGAAAAGAUACAUGAGCAUGUAUAUGAUUUGAUAUAUGAUGAAAAUACGUAUUUUGAUACCAGUUCAACGAUGAGUGCUCCAUACGAGUUUGUAAGGUUUAUGCUAGCACAGCUGGACUACAAUAAUUUACAUGAUAUUAAAAUAAAAAAUACAAUUAAAGAAGAAAAAUACUUGUUUAAAAAAUUUUGUAAAAAAUAUAAAUAUAACAAAAAAUAUCAUAAAUUAAGAGAUGUCUCUUAUUCUAGUAAUUCUAGUAGUAGUGCAAGUGUAAAAAGUGAUCAUACAUUAAUUAAUGAAAAGAGAAGUAUAAAUAUACAUUAUAGUAAUUAUCUAAAUAUAAGAAAAGAGUUGUUUAAUAGCGAUAAUGAAUAUGAAAAUAAUAGUCAAAAAAAUAAUGAGAGUAAAAGAAAAACAUUCUAUGAUAGUAAUAAUUUGGGAAAUUGUGAUAGUAGUGAUUUAUUUUAUUACAAAAAUGUAGCAUCAUCAGAUGACAUGAGUAAUAAUAACAAUUCUUUUGAAACCAUUUCGUUGGAUGACGAAAGAGGUAAAAAAAAAGAAGACCUCUGUUCGGAAGGGAUUAAUGCAAAGGACGUUUCGAAACAUCAAAAUGGCAACAGAAUCGAUGUGAGUGGUAACAACAUCGGUGCGAGUGCUAGAAAUAUUAACGGGAGUGGUAACAACAUUAGUGGGAGUAAUAAUGAAACAUUUCUAUCCAAUAGCAAUUCAAAUAUAAGGAAUAAACGCAAAUGUAGUGAAUACAGAUUUAAAAGAUUGAGUGAACCUGCUUUACCUUUACAUAACCUGUUAAAAAACGAAGAGGAGGAGAAAGGAGGGAAAGGAGCAAAAAUGAUGAAGAUUAGUAGGUGCAAUAAUAAUAAUAAUAUCGCCUAUGGAAAGUUACAGUGUUAUGAUUAUAAUAACAUGCAGUAUAAUAAGCCAUAUAAUAUGCCAUAUAAUAUGCCAUAUAAUAUGCGGUGUAAUAUACAGUAUAGCGAAAAGGGAAAGAGAGGGAGAAAUGAAAAUACCAGCAAAAAGGGGAAUGAUCUUUUCAAUGGGGAAAAUAAAAAUUUUUCGAGCAGUAACAAUAGCAAAAAUAAUGGCAACAAUAAUAGUUGUAGCAAUAAAAAUGACCGUGGGCAAACGAAUAAUAGUGGGAACAAUAAUAAGAUGAUUAUUAAUAACUAUUAUGACUAUUAUAACGAUGGUAAUAAUUAUAAUAUGCUUAUCGGUGGAAACUACCAUAAUGAUAGCAGUUACUAUGACAUUAGUAAUUCUUAUAAUAAUAGUAAUUACUGUAACAGUAGCAAUCACCGUAACAAUAGCAUUCGCUGUAACAAUAGAAGUUGUUACAACAAAAAUAGUCGUUGUAAGUAUGCAGCGAGCUACCACCACGUAAGAAGGAGUUAUUCACUUAAUAUACAGUGGAGCGAGAAGUGGAACUCCAUGAGGAAUAGCAAAAAAUAUAAUGAAGUGAACGAUUGUCAAAAUAGUUGUGUAGAAAUAGGUAGUACGUUAAAUGAUAAUAUAUGUAAUACAAAUGUAAGCAGUGAAAAGGUUCUUGAUGAGCAAAAGAAUAAUUCAAGUACUUACAAUGAAAGGGUAUAUAAUAAAUAUAAAAACAAUUUGAAUUAUAUAAAGAAAUUUUAUUACAUAGAUGAAACACAAAAAAAACCAUUCCCAUUAUGUUUAUAUGAUAUUAUAAAAGCAUUUGGUACAAUAAGGCAAUGUUCACGUUGUUACUGUUUCUUUAAUUCUAUAUCAUGUCACUGUCUCGAAUGUAAAAAGAAAUAUAAUAUGACUUUAAAAAACCCGCACUAUUUUAUAUUUCAACAUGGAUUAACUGCAAGUGUGCUAGAUUUUCAAAAUAUUAUAAAUCCAUUAUUAACAAAAUAUCCACAUUUAUUUAUUUAUAUAACAUAUAGUAAUCAGAGCCACACAUUUGAAGGUGUAGAUGUCGGAACAGAAAGGAUAUGUACUGAAUUAAAAUGCUUAUUUAAAAUAAUAAAUGAUAAAAUAAACAUAUCUAUGAUUGGACAUUCUUUAGGAGGAAUAUUAAAUAGAUCUGUUUUAAUAAAUUUAUAUAGAAAAAAAGUAUUCAAAAAAAAAAAGUUAAUAAAUUUUAUAACUUUUGCCUGUCCACAUAUAGGUGUUCAUGAAAAUAUGGCAAUUAUGAAUGCACUCUCUGUGUAUUUAUGUGCACAUACUAUUGAUGAUUUAAAUAAUCAGACUACACUUUUAUUAAAAAUAGCUAAUAUUGAAAGUAUAAAUAUUUUAAAAAAAUUUGAAAAUAUUAUCUUUUAUGGUAAUACACAAUCAGAUUGGCUAGUUGGUAUAAGGACAUCUCUAAUUUUACCUUAUACUUUAUUUAGUGAAGAACUUAUUUUAUUUAUAAUAGAGCAAGGAAGAAAUGUGCCUGAAAUUCCUAUUAACAUUUUUUCUGUUGUUCAUUUAUAUAUGAGAAAGAAAAAGCUACUUUUUUUUUAUUUUUAUCAAGAUUUAAAAAAUCCAAAUUAUGUGUUAAAUAGGAGAAAGGAACAAAGCAAGUUUUUAGAUCAAAUGUUACAAACUAUUAUAUCAUCAAGUAAAUUAUUAUCAUGUUCACAGAAAAAAAAGUUCAAUAUCUUUAUGAAUUAUUAUAGUAACUCUGAUACGAGAAGAAUGGACGUUCAGAAUAAAAAAAAGAAAAGUGUAUCCAUUGUAGGCAGUAGUGCCAGUAGUAACGACAACACUAAUGAUAACAGUAUUAAUAGUAAUAAUAAUAGUAACAAUGGUAGUAAUAUUAGUCAUAUUAGUAGUAAUAACAACAAUAGUAAUAUUAGUAGUAAUAGCAAUAGUAAUAAUAAUAAUUGUAACAACAGUAGUAAUAAUAACAAUAAUAAUAGUUGUAACAACAGUAGUAUUAAUUUGUCAAAAAAUAGAGACCCACUUUGCAAAAAUGCCGCCACAACUGACCAUUUAUUGUAUGAUAAGAAAAACUGUAAUGACAAAAUCUUUUUAAAUGUUUCGUAUAGUGGUAAUAGUAAGAUCAGUUUAGUAGAUGCACACGAUGAUAAAUUGCAUUCGAGCGAUUUGAAGUCUGAUGUAUCUGUAGUUAAUUUUAGUCAAAAUGAUAACCCAAAGGAAGAACAGGAGGAGGUGAAGAAGAAGGAGAAGAAGAAGGAGGAGGAAAAGAAGGAAGUGGAAGGAGUAGGUGAAAAAGUGCCCAUCAGUGGUAGCAACAACAUUUGUGACCACUAUAGGUUUUCAGAAAACUCCCAAAUGGAUAACAGUGAUAAGAGGGAUAGUAGGGGAAUUAGCGCUUUUGGGAAUAGCGGCAUGGAUAAUAGCAGGAUAAAUUGCGGAAGGAAUAAUAGUGGUAACGAUAGUGGAGGAAGUGCUAGUGGUAAUGGUUUCAGUGGUGGGGGAAACAAGUGGACACUGUUCAAAGCACGGAACUUUGAAGAGAUAUUUUCAAAAGAUAAUAAUAAUACCUCUAUAUGCACCAAUAAAAAUGUAUCCUGCAAGGAUAAGGAAAACAAAAUAUAUUAUUAUGAAAAGUAUCUUAACAUACCAGAUAAUUAUAAAAUAGUAAGAAGCUCUAAAGUACCGGAGAAUGUGAAUUUGUACAAUAAUGAAAAAGUCAAGAAUUUUGAAAGAACGUAUUAUGGCAGGGGGAGCGAUGAAAAUUUGCAGAGUGGUGCAUGUGCGAAGGGUGAUAAUGCUAAUGGCUCUACAAAUGUAAAAGAGGAUACUGUGAACAGACGGGAUAAAGUGAGCAGCAAUAGUAUUGGAAGUGGUAGAGGCAAUGGCUGUGAUAACACUAGUGAAGUAGUGAGUAAAGGAGCUGACUCGAUUAAGCAGGAAAACAAGAAGAAAAAAAUGUGUGACUACAAAUAUUUUGAAAAGUUAUUCUUUGAAUGCCUAAAGACGAAGAUAAUAAAUGAUAUAAAAACGUUAGACAACAAUUUGAAAAAAAUUGAACCCAGCAAAUUAUUUUCGCUCCAAAAUACUAUUAACGCUAUAAGAAAUUAUAGUUUUUUGUAUUCUUCGAAAAAUAAUAAAAACGGGAAAAACAUAUCCAAUCAUAAUGGCACGACUGCGGCGGCAACAGCGGUGAGUACCACGAACAGCACUAGUGACAAAAGGGAUCAAGAAAAUAUGGGGAAAAGUUUACUAGGAGGAAGUAAAGCGAAAAAUGAAGUUAGCAGUGAAAAUGAAAAGAGGAUGGAUAUUUAUUCAAAUGAAAACAACAAAUAUGAGAAGAGGGGAGACGAAAAGAGGAAGGACGAAAAGCGAAAGAUUGAAAAAUGCAAAGAUGAAAAUUACACAUUUCAGUUGUGUCAUGCAAAAAGUGAAGAGUAUGAUUAUAUUAGUGAAUUUUUCUGUACAUCAUCAGAUGACAACUAUGAGAGUGAUGGAAGCAAUCGAGAAAUGUUAAACGAAGACGUGUCAACAAGUAAGGAACACUGUAACAAUCAUGAGGCAAAUAGUAAUGCAGCAAAUGGGAAGUUUAUACAUAAUAGGAGGAACGUAUAUUGUAAUGAUAUCCCGAUGAAAAAAAAAAUGAAAAGAAAUAAUCUACUAAAAGGUAUAACAAAAGCGGAUAAGAAAAAAUAUAAAGAAAUAUUAUUUCAUAUAUAUACCAUAUCGAAUGAGCAGCUGAUAGAAAAGUUUUUUAAAAAUCCGGAACUUCUCUAUUAUGAAGUAUUAUUUUAUUGUUUAAACCAAUUGCCAAUUCAAAGGUACUGUAUUUCACUUCCAUUAUAUUCAAAUGCACAUGUCCAAAUUAUCGCACAUCCUCGACUGUGUUCAGAAGAAUCAGCUUCAGUGAAGCAUUUCCUCGAGCAUUUGAUACUUUAA